AUGUUGUUGGGAACAACUUCAGUUGCUAUACAAAAUAAUUUGAUUAAAGAAGUACAGGUUCUUCCUAUGGUUGUAGAAGGAGCUGACAUUGAUGAUGCCAUUAUGGUUGAUUAUGGAAGUGAAGAUGAUUUUGAGGACGUAGCAAUUGAGAAUAAAAUAAUAAAGGAUCCACUUCAUAAGGGAAUUGCAGAACAUCAACUGUAUUCUCUUAAAUGUGUCGAUACAAGAUGCGCAUGGUGUUUUAGAUCUUCAAGUCUACACGAUUCAGAAAUCUUCAAGAGAAUGUUGUCACAACGUCAUGCUACUUCAGUAACCAUUGCAAAAAUGGUGAAGAACAAGUAUGUCAAUCUUAAAUCAACAUACACUCCAGCAGAAAUCAUGGACGACAUGAGAAACCAAUACGGGAUUAGGAUGAAUUAUAAGAAAGCAUAUAGAUCAAGAGAAAAGGCGCUUGAAAUGUUAAGGGGUUCGCCACCUAAAUCUUAUCGUAAACUGCUAGUUUUUCUGUAUAUGGUAAAUAAGAAAAAUCCAGGGUCUUUCACAACGUUACACAAAAUAGCAAACGGGCACUUCUUGUAUGCUUUUGUCGCACUCAGUGCAUCAAUCAGAGGAUGGAAAUAUUGUAUGCCCACUGUCGUGGUUGAUGGGACUUUCCUUAAAUCAUCGUACGCGGGGACCAUGUUGUGUGCUACUGUACUCAAUGCAGCAGGUAAAAUCCUGCCACUAGCAUAUGCUAUUGUUGAUUCUGAAAAUGAUGCGUCAUGGGAUUGGUCUUUUCGAAAGUUGAAACAGGCUUACGGUGAAAGGCACAACAUGUACAUAGUCUCUGAUUGGCAUGAUAGCAUUUUGAAGAAGGCUUCAAAUGUAUAUCCAGAUGUGCCUCACUAUAAUUUCAUCUACCACGUAUGGAACAACGUCAAAGGUAGAUUCAAAAGGGACCAUGAGCGAUUAAAGCCCAUAUUCUUUGCAAUGGCCAAUGCAUACACGAGGGCAGAUUUUGAUCACCUCAUGGAAGAUAUGGACAAUAUCGAUGAUAGAGUGAGGGGUUACCAGUUCGAUGUUAGCUAUGAAAAAUGGUCCAUAGCUCAUUCCACAGUAAACAGAUCCAUGGUGAUGACUUUAAAUAUAGCGGGUCCCUAA